UUUGCCAUGUAUUUGGUAAGCGCGACAGUCUCCCUCGCGGCAUGAAUGGAGUCGUCUGGUCUAGCCUAAUUGUUCUUUCUGUACUUACAAUAAAAACACUGGACAGUUUCAAUUAUAUUCAUAAUGUGCCAAUGCGAUGCAAAAUUGUGACGCUCUCGAAGCUGAAUGCUCAAUUAAAACAGUGAAACAUUGGGUGAGAGCAUUUCAACUAGGUGGAUGUGUUGCCUUAUCAGAUCAUCGAUUAGGAAAUCGAAGACACAGAGUAUCGACGGCUGAGGAGGACGAAUCCAUUAGAAAUUUUGUGGUCAAUGAAAAUCCGUUCGCUUCUUUUGAGGCAAUUCGAAACGAGGUACUCCCAAAUAUAUCACCGAUAACAAUUAGAAGACGCCUAUUGGAAUUCGGAAUCCGAUCUUGCAGACCAGGAAGGAAAACAUCCCCUUUAAGCAACGGGAGGAGAGGAUUGGAUACACUUUGCAGUAUUUUCUUGAACCGGAAGAAUUUUGUAUGAACGUCAUUUGUAUGGACGAAAAAUCAUUCUCUUCGUCAGAAGAUGGCCGUUUAUUUGUCAAAAGGCCAAGAGGUGGAAGAUUAGAUCCUUACUUUGUAGCUCCAAUACAUCACAGUGGUCGAAUUAGCUGCAUGUUUUGGGGUUUCAUUACUGCAGUUGGCGUUAGUGAAGUAAUACAAGUGAAUGGACGAAUGAAUGCGAAUGAUUACGUCUACCUACUUAAAAACCAUUUUCAUCCGAAUGUUUGUCGCUUACUUACCGAUGAAGAAGAGUAUAAAGUAAUCCAGGACAAUAGUUCAGUCCACACUGCGCAUAUAACAAACCAGUGGUAUGAAUGCCAUCCGGAGAUUACUUUAAUGCCACAUACAGUAAAAUCCCCAGAUUUAAAUGAAAUAGAAAAUGUAUGGGGUUAUAUGUUGCAAAGAUAGCGAGCAGGUGAAGAUCACAUAAGACAAGUAUUAAACAACCAUGUCCACCAGUCUUGGAAUGAUUUAAGACAAAGGACACAGAUUGUAGCUAACUGUAUUUACUCCAUGCCUCGACGUUUACGAAGUGUUAUAUACAGCCAAGGUCUUAGCAGACUCUUUAUUAAUGGAUAACUAUCGACACCAUAAUUACUACGGUCGAUGCUUAAGAAAAAACGAUAAUCAAGAAAUCAUGGUCAAAAAUUUUGUCGAAGGUGAAACUGUUUUCUACAGCCUUGUUUUAAUUAGAGGCUAUGUGCCUGUUUCAUGCUCUUCUAUUAUGAUUCGAGGACGUAAAAGUACGAACACAGAAUGGCCAAUUAGAAAUGGAGAAUUUCGUGUUCUUGUAGAACUAACAAGAGGAGUUAACGAAUUAGAGUUGGAAGCUGGAGUAAUAAAAACAAAAUUUACAUUAAUUCAUGAAUCGAGGACAACUAGAUUGAGAGUUACUCCAGUUUAUGUAAUUUGUUCUUCUCACGAUGGCUAUUUUCAGGGACCCAGAGAAGAAGACCGUUCCCCAGAAAGUGCUGCAACAAGAAUUGGUUUUGGAUCGCGUCUUCUUCAAUGCUUAACAGCUGAAAAGUUAAAAGAAGCUGGCUACGAAAGAAAAACAUUUCAAUUAGAAAGAGACCUCGAUGGUCCAGAGUGUUUAGUGAUGCAAAGUACAUUACACGUUGAUAAAGCUCGACAAAUGUCUCAGAGAGAACUUUGGGAAGUUAUUGGACGAGAACUGAUGACUGGUCCUUUAGCUUCAAAAGAUCGAAAGUACUUAGUCUUUCUCUCAUGUACGAGAUAUCAAGGUGCUCCAAAUCCAAGGACACACAAAGAUACUCUUGCUAGAACUCAAGGACACGCAGCUCUUGGAGGAGGCGGACUAGCACUAUUUGGUUCUGCUUGUCUCCAUACGUGGCCCACUUGUAUGGCGCAGGUGUUACCUAGGUUUCUGGAUUCAAGAAUAAUUGAUGCGGAACAUCUAAUGGAUGAUAGUAACUAUAGAGGUACAUAUGGAGGAUGUCUGGCGACAACUUUGGGAUCUGUUCUUCACGAAUUGGGUCACACUUUUGACCUCGGACACACUCGAGAAGGAAUUAUGGGUCGAGGGUUCGACAACAUCGAUCAAUUCUUCGUAGGAGCAGCAAUGAACAAAACUAAUCGUAAUUCUACAAGACGAGAUCCUCAGCACACAACUGUCUCUCUUAGCCGACAACUUAGUGUCACAGUGACAAUUAAGGAUCAAGCCAGCUUACUUGCUAGUUCAGAAAGAGGACGUUUACAUUCAGAAAAUUGUUCAAGGCCUUCAAUUUCUCCAUCUUCUCAAAGCAACUUCCCGAGUUCGAUUCCAGGAAGGCAAUCUGCUCCAGCAAGUCCUGAACUAAAUAGGUCUUUUUUUAAGACUGUUCUUCAAAAUAAUUUUGAUCCUCUUGGUUCUCAGCCUGAUAGAACUUUUUGGGGAAAUUCUUGUGCUACUUUGUUGGCCUAUCAUCAAUGGUUCAAUAAUUACAAUGGAAAGAUCUUUCAUCGAGAUCAUAAUGAUAUUAAAUUUGACGCAAACAGAAACCUGGUUUUUUCCCAUCAUGGAAUCAGAGUUAUAGAACUGCGAGAAUUUUCUGGUGGAAUGGUGGUGUCAUCUAGGCAGUUUCAUGGACCUCAUCCUCCAUUGGAAGCUUUAGUACCGCCUUCUUCACACAACAUGAUAACAGCUCUAAUUCUUGUUGCUGAGGAUUCUGCUGGAAACAUUCUUAAACAUUCUCUUCCAACUGCCUUUUAGAGCUAACAAAGACAUUUUCACAGUACGUGAAACUUAGAAAUAAGUUUCUGAAACUACCUCAAGCAGUUUUCUUAUUGAUAAAGCACACACAUUAUUAAUUUCAACGAAACUCUUUAAUUUCAAGAUAAAGGAGGAGGGCCCAUAAGCCCUAUAUUCAGGCCAUUUAGGAUAUUUAUUUAAAUGAUUGAAAUGUAUUUUUUUACAAAGAAGAAGUAUAUUUUUAAUGAUUUAAGGUGAAACGGGGGAAUUUUAGUCAUAUUAACCCUUUGAAACGAAGGGUUUUUGGCGGACAAGUUUUGUAAAAAAUUGUUGGAUUUACUUGAAACUUGUUACUCGGAGGUUUUUUAGGGUCACUGAUUACGAACCUGAAGUCGGAUUUUCAAAAUUCCCGUUUCACAUUAAAUAAUCAAAAUAUAUUUCUUCUUUGUAAAAAAAUACAUUUAAAUCAAUAUCCAAAAUGGCCCAAAUGUAGGGCUUAUGGGUCCUCCUCAUUUUUGAAAAAAAUCUGAAUAUAUUAUAUAAAUUAUUUUUGUUGUUAUAUUAUUAUUGUUAUUAUUGUUAUUAUUA